CCAGUUUGCCCCAAUGAUCCCCUUCGCUAUCGAGUCCCUCCAAGUUUCCAACGAGACUCUGGCAGCAAAUAUUGGAUCGUCUCGCAGCUUUUGACUCGACAAAAUAAGUGUCAAAAGUUUCUCUCUCUCUGUCUCUCUCACUCUCUCUCUCCCUCUCUUUUUGCUAGUUGCUUCUGCACGGGAAGAUGGCAUCCGGCAAGCCCAACGGGAAACCUAAUGGAGAAGACGACGACAUCAGAGCAAAGGAAGCCGCUGUUGCAAAAACCGCCGGAUUCGUGGUUUUCUCCGGCAUUGCCAUGAGUCUCAUCAAGGCCCUCGCCCCCAAGAAACAAUCUUCGCCACCAACAUUACCAUCACCGCCACCACCAUCGCCUUCAGUAGACCUCUCGACCAAGGAACCGAAAACUCAACAAGGUCGAGGCUCUCAGACGAUCGAGAUUGUGAAAGGAGACACUCUUUGGGGGCUCUCUAAGAGAUAUGGGGUUUCGAUAGAUGCGAUCAAGGAGGCAAAUGGUUUAUCAAGCGACACCAUCUACGCCGGGAAGAAGCUCAUUAUUCCAUGAACUCCAUUUUCGUCGUCUGUUUGUCAUCUUCUUCCAUGUUGACAUCCUCGUUACUCAAGGCCUUACUCUUAAUGGUGCUUCGGGUGUCGGUUUGUUGUAGCGAACAAAUUGCAUGUGUGUGUAUCUGUGUUUCUAUUGGUAUGUUCAUUUUUCCCCCUUCGAUACAGUUUCUUGCUUUUGCCUUCUCAAAGGCUGCGAGGUCUGAUCUUUUGCUUUUCACAGCUGAACUUAAUUGUGAAAUGAAUAAGAGAGAGAUCCGUUGUCUGCUUUCUUUACAAUCAUCACAAUCAGAUUCUAGGAGGGUGUAAUAGUAAUCAUCCACAAAUGAGCUUUGGAGUUUCAAAUCUGGACAGAUGCGUGGAGCACAGUUCAACUUUCUGUGUUUUUUUCUAUUCAAUCACAUAAAGUGGAUGGCUGGAACAAGGUUUUAAAAGUAUUUCCUUUUGCGCCAAAAAAGUUAAAGCCAACAAUUGAAGCUUUUGCCGGAUUUUCAAGUUCAUACCUGGAUGAAGGCAGGAAAACUUUACAUAGAGAACAUGUGGUAAGGUUUCCUAGUGCCAUGCAGGGGCCUUUGUAUACCCGCAGUUCCGAUUCUGCUCGGACAUGUCAAUGUAAUUUUUACUAAAGAGUACUUUUUCU